AUGUCGGAUUCCAUCAAAGAAUGUCUAGAGCUCCAGCUUCUAGAAAUGGAAAUGUUGUUUUCUAUGUUUCCGAACAAAGGAGAAGUCUGUCUGGAGGAUGCGAAUUCCCUUAGGAGAGUGCGAAACUACCUGGAUCGUUCCAAUGGACCCCUGCCCCCCAAAAUUGGGUUUGUAAUUAUGGUCAUAAUGGCCCCUAAGGGAGACAUUGAACUGCAGGUUUCCUUUCCUCACAACUAUCCAAAUGCCAAACUGCAGCUCUUUGGGAGGUCCUACAGCCUCGACAGACAGCAGCAGCUGCGACUCAAUCAGAAUCUCACGUCUUACAUCGGAACCUUCGACCCCGGUGAGCUGUGCGUGUGCGCCGCGGUUCAGUGGCUGCGGGACAACAGCGCUCCCUAUUUCCAGAACAGCAAGCUCUUCUCGGAACCCAUCAUAAAGGUGAAGACCGUGAAGACCGUGUUUCACCGGAUGUGGAUCUACAGCCACCAGAUUUGUCGGCAAGAGCUUCGAAAGAGGAUUUUGGAGAGUGCAAAGCGCCUGAGUCUGACUGGUUUUUUUCUGACAGGGAAGCCAGGUAUUAUUUGUGUAGAGGGCAGUAAAAAUCAGUGUGAGGAAUUUUGGCACACCAUCAGGUAUCCCAACUGGAAGCAUAUUUCCUGCAAGCAUGCAGAAAGUGUGCAAAUAGAAGGGGAUGGCGAUGAGCUGCGCCUCUUUCAGAUUUUUCAGGAAUUGCAGUUUGAGAGCAAUGGUCAUAGUGUCAGGCAUGAUUACCACAUGGAUCUGGGCAAGUUCUUGGAAUUUCUCAAAAAGCAUCACAGUGAACAUAUUUUUCAAAUAUUAUUUGGUAUAGAAAGCAAAAGUCAAGAAAACUAG